CUCUUCCCCUCCCCGGGCCGCCUCCUCCUCCUCCUCCCUUUCUCUCUCGAUCUGUCUCUCCCGGCCCGGAAUCCAUUCCGGCCUGGGAGCCGGAGCGGCCAGGCCGCCGUCUGCCCGACCCCUGGCUGUCCGGCGGUCUGCCCCUGCCACCCCGUGCGUCUGUCUGCCGGUGCGCCCGCCUACCGACCGGUCCAGGCGGGGUCCAUCUCUCUGCCUGGGCUUUGGCUGGGGGUGAGUUUGAGUGCCAACGGGGCCAACCACUUGCCCAGCUCUGUGUGGUCAGAGGACUGCCUACCCUCUCUGAUCUCGGGGUCCGGAUCAGUGGCAGAACACAAGCUUAGAGAAGCGAGGGGACUUUGCCAGCUAUGAGAGAGAGUGCACCAGGAUUCGAGACCAGAUGAAGACGUUGAGGCCCAAAGAGGGGAAGUGAGUUGCUUAGGGUCACAUAACGGGGAGAAGUGGAGCAGGGCCUCUAGUCCAAGACCCCUGAUUCCACACCUGGUGUUCGUGCUGAGACCUCAGGCUGCUUCCCAGGUCCUCUGGGACAGCCGCUGCCUUCCACCAGCCAGGACCAUGGGCAGCAACAAGAGCAAGCCCAAGGAUGCCAGCCAACGGCGCCGCAGCCUGGAGCCCACUGAGAACACCCACGGUGGCGGCGGGGGCGCCUUCCCCACCUCACAGACACCCAGCAAGCCAGCCUCCGCCGAUGGCCACCGAGGCCCCAGUACGGCCUUCCCCUCCGCAGCUGCUGAGCCCAAGCUGUUCGGGGGCUUCAACUCCUCAGACACAGUCACCUCCCCGCAGAGGGCGGGGCCGCUGGCUGGUGGAGUGACCACCUUUGUGGCCCUUUAUGACUAUGAGUCUCGGACAGAGACCGACUUGUCCUUCAAGAAAGGGGAGCGGCUCCAGAUUGUCAACAACACGAGGAAGGUGGAUGUCAGAGAGGGUGACUGGUGGCUGGCCCACUCGCUCAGCACGGGACAGACGGGUUACAUCCCCAGCAACUAUGUGGCGCCCUCCGACUCUAUCCAGGCUGAAGAGUGGUACUUCGGCAAGAUCACCAGACGGGAGUCAGAGCGGUUACUGCUCAAUGCGGAGAACCCAAGAGGGACCUUCCUGGUGCGAGAAAGUGAGACCACGAAAGGAGCCUACUGCCUCUCCGUGUCUGAUUUCGACAAUGCCAAGGGCCUCAACGUGAAGCACUACAAGAUCCGCAAGCUGGACAGCGGCGGCUUCUACAUCACCUCCCGCACCCAGUUCAACAGUCUGCAGCAGCUGGUGGCUUACUACUCCAAACAUGCUGACGGCCUGUGCCACCGCCUCACCACCGUGUGCCCCACAUCCAAGCCCCAGACUCAGGGCCUGGCCAAGGAUGCCUGGGAGAUCCCUCGGGAGUCCCUACGGCUGGAGGUCAAGCUGGGCCAGGGCUGUUUCGGAGAGGUGUGGAUGGGGACCUGGAACGGAACCACCAGAGUGGCCAUCAAAACCCUGAAGCCAGGCACGAUGUCUCCAGAGGCCUUUCUGCAGGAGGCCCAGGUCAUGAAGAAACUGAGGCACGAGAAGCUCGUGCAGCUGUACGCUGUGGUGUCCGAGGAGCCCAUCUACAUCGUUACGGAGUACAUGAGCAAGGGGAGCCUGCUGGACUUUCUCAAGGGGGAGACAGGGAAGUACCUGCGGCUGCCGCAGCUGGUGGACAUGGCUGCUCAGAUCGCCUCAGGCAUGGCCUAUGUGGAACGGAUGAACUAUGUCCACCGGGACCUCCGUGCUGCCAACAUCUUGGUUGGAGAGAACCUCGUGUGCAAAGUGGCUGACUUCGGGCUGGCUCGGCUCAUCGAGGACAACGAGUACACAGCCCGACAAGGUGCCAAAUUCCCCAUCAAGUGGACGGCUCCAGAAGCGGCCCUCUACGGCCGGUUCACCAUCAAGUCAGAUGUGUGGUCCUUUGGGAUCCUGCUGACGGAGCUCACGACAAAGGGACGGGUGCCCUAUCCUGGGAUGGUCAACCGAGAGGUGCUGGACCAGGUGGAGCGGGGCUACCGGAUGCCCUGCCCGCCCGAAUGUCCCGAGUCCCUGCACGACCUCAUGUGCCAGUGCUGGCGGAAAGAGCCAGAGGAACGGCCCACCUUCGAGUACCUGCAGGCCUUCCUGGAGGACUACUUCACGUCCACCGAGCCCCAGUACCAGCCCGGAGAGAACCUAUAGGGGGCAGGCUGCAGGGCCAGCUGGGCUUUUUGGCUUGGAUCCUGGGCUGGGGGGCCCCGAUGUCAGGUCUUGCCUCCCUCUGCCUGCCCACGUUGAUCCCCUCUGUGGGGCUGACUCGCCAGUGAUGAGGCCCCUCCCUCUUUUGUGGCACAGAAGGGUUUGGGGCCCGGGGCAGCCCUGGGUACAGGGUCCAAGGCUGGCACGGUGACUGCAUCCAGGCUCCUGCUCCAGCCACCUGCAUCCUCCCAGCCUUCCCUCAUGGGGCUCUGUGCAGCUCAGCGGGAGGAAGCGGGGAGAAGGACAGGCUGAUGACACCCUUUCCCAGCCUCAGCCUGCUCCUCGCGUUGGCCCCUUCCCACUUCCAUGUGCCCCCAGGUCUGCCUCCAGAGCUGGCCGAAGAGCCUUUCCAAAGAGGAGCGGCAGGCCCCGGCCCUCAGCCUGUCUGCCACCCUGCCCCUUGCCGUCCAUUUCAGAAACACCUGUUGGUGGAAGCUGCUGGGUCCAGACUCCUCUGCCGUGGCUCCCAGGCUGGGCAGCUGAAGUGUAGCUUGGCUUCAUGCUGGUGGGGAGCGUAGGCACCCCCCUCGAGUCCUGUUCUUAGACCCGAGGGACCCUUAGAGAUCACCAAUUCCUUGUCCUCACAGUACCCAUGGGAAGACAGUCCAGAGAGGGGAUGUGAUUUGCCCAAAACCACAGAGCAGUUCAGGGUUGAGGUGGGUUCGGAACCCAGUGCUCCCUCUGUCUUCCUCAGGAACCAACAAGAUUGUUCUUGGAGGUGUCAUGGACAGACUGGGGCAGCCCAGGGGACCAGGGGCCCAAGGCUGCUGCCACCACCCGCCUAGCAGGCCUGUAGUGCAGGGAGAGAGUGGAGGCAGACGGAGGGUGGAGCUAGGAAUGAGGGCUGUCGAGGCAGGAGUCAGGUAGCAGAUGUCAAUCAGAACGUGGGUGGAUUUUCAUCCUUGGAGCUAGCCAGCCAUGAAAGAGAGUGAGCUCCCGGGCUCUGGAGGCAAUCAAACAGAAAUAGAAGAUCCAAGUGGUUGGGAGGCCGUGGCCUCAGGAGAGAACCCCUAGUCUUCCUUCCCCCAGUGUGUCCUGUGUCAUUUCAAUGCCUGGCGCCUGCUCUCCUCCCUAAGGGGGGCACCCCAUAACUCAUGAGUAGAGAAAGGAGUACCUAAUGAGAGGGUGAGCAUCUGCUGCCAGGCCCCAGACCUGGCUGUGGGACUGCGGGUGGCCCCUGCAUCCUCUUUGGGCUGCAGUGUCUGUCUUCCUUGGAGGCUGUGGGCCCUGCACCUGCUCUGCUCCAGACCCCUGUGGCCUGGCAUCAGCUGGUGAGCCCAGCCGGGGGUGUCCAGAGGCGCACUGGCCCUCGCUUUGGUGUUUGGCCUUGGGGUAUGUGGUGGCUUCUCCCUGGGCCUCAGUGUGCCCAUCUUAAAAUGGGUGGCUGACGGUUUGUGGGUCUGCUGCCCAGGGCCCCUACGUAUGUGUAUGUGUGUUGUGUGUGUGCACGUGUGUGUUCCUCCAUGUGUGUCCAUAUUUAACAUGUAAAAACACUCCCCUGCUCUGUUUCCCCGGACAUGUUGUGCCUCUCCCCCCACACAGCCCCCCACCAUAGCAAUAACACCCCUGCUGCUGGGGGUUCUCGAGCCAGGCGGGCCCCGCCAGCAGGGAAGGAGGCCACGUGGGGCCUGCCCAUGAAAUUUCAACUUUUCCUUUCAUCCAUGUUUAUGACGCAAGUCUGCUGUCUGUCCCGGUCAAAUCUGGGCUCACUUACCCCGGUGCACUCUCAAGCCCCCUUCCAGCUGCCCGGGGCCCUUUGUAUAAGGUGUCCUAAAACUGUUCUUCUUCUUCUUCUUCUUUUUUUAAAAAUAAACAGUGUUUUGUAGAUUUCAGAUGACUAUGCAGAGGCCUAGGGGACCCCCCCCCCAGUGCUGGGUGGGGCCUGGGGGUCCCACAUUUCACGGCCCAGGCUUGGUGGGGAGGGGGGAUCCAGAAUUGGUUGUAAAUACUUUGCAUAUUGUCUGAUUAAACACAAACAGACCUCAGAAUUUGACCAGUGGUUUAUUGAGCAUCUACCGUGUGCUGCAGAGUGAGUGGGGAAGGAUGUGAGGUCUGAUUGUGGUCAGAGGGGCCUUUGUUCAGGCCCCACUGGUGGCUAGAGGGCUCCGGGCCAGGGGGAGACACAAUCAGGCUGGAGAGAGCCACUCUGGAAUGUGGCUGCUGUGUGUAGGUAUCUGCACCUGGUGGAAGGCUGGCUUUUGUGUGAGCCACGAAGCCAGGACUCCCAGAGCAUGAGCAGUUUAGGUCGCAGAUGCCCUGGGUGUGUGGUGGCAGUUAGCACCCUGGGGGCCUGGUGGGACGGUUGGGCCGGUGUGGGGUUGUGGGUGUGUUUAAGGGGUCAUGUGUCUGGGUUUGCUGUGUGUUCCCGCAGAGUGCUGGGGUGGCGUGGGGCUGGAGCCACAAAAAUUCCUGGGCCCUCUAGAAAAAUCCAAAGACCUUUCCUCUCCUCCCCUUUUCCCCCACCACAAAGGGACCCAACUGGGUAGUUCUGUGCAACAGCCUAUAGGAAGAAAUUUCUUUUACAUCAGAGCACACGUGCAUCUGUGUGUCACCUCUGGCCAUAAUAAUGGUCUAAUUAAAAGCAAAUUUCAAAAUUCG